GACAAGAUUAAGCCAUGAGAGCAGCGCCCGGAGCGGCGACUCUUCAAGAAGUUGGCGCCAGUGGACAUCCGGUUCUUCACACUCUGUAGUCCGCGACCGGAAUAUUGCGGUAAAAAGCCUACCGCCACGACCCAAAAAUGGUCUCAAGCAAAAUACCCCCAAUCCAAGGGAAAUCUAUUUGCAGAGGAACGAUCGAGGAGGUCCUCAAAAUCUACAACAAUUCCAGUCACCCUCUUACCAUAUUCAGUCGGAGCUCCGACCGAAGUCGCGAGCGCAAUGAAGUACCUUAUUAUCGGUUUCGCAAGAUUUUCUUCACUGACGACACCGAGGUUCUUCAAGGAAACAGGUCCUCGGAAGCACGAUGUGUUCGACUCACUGCUUUCAUCGCGAAGCAGGAUGAAGAUCAUCCGAAUCCAUAUAUCUUCGUCGAGCAGAGUGUGCGCCGAGCUGGACGAGAGCGCAUCAUGAUCUACGAACUUCAAUUUGGCGGCAAGGUUAUUCCGGAUCGAGAAUAUAUUUUCCCAGACUGUGGUGACGAGGAUCCUCACCGAUAUCCAGGACAGCGCGACUUGUUACUGUCCGUUCGAUCUUUACAGCAAGACAUUUUCGACGACUAUAUACGCCGUGCAACGUACUACGGCUAUGACUGGAAGGACUGGGCGUGGGUCAACCAACACGCCCUCAAGCACGGAUUGGAAUAUGAACUUUCCCGACCAAAAAUACUGGGUGAAUCAACAGUCAAGGUCAGCUUUGAUCCGGCUGAUCUCCAGGCGCUGGUUGAUGCAAAGCGAGCAAUGCACUUGGCCACCGGUGGCCAGGCGAGCGAUAAGAUCGAACUUCUGAAACUGCGCUUCAAGGGCCUAGGUAGUUGCACAGAAGAUGGCAUUCAGUCGGGUGAUUUGGAUCUGAGAAUUGUAUAUAAGCCUUAUUAGAUUACUGGGAGGUCGGAAACUAUGAUGAGAGAAACUCAGCCAGC